CCUCAUCUAAACUACCCCUAAUCCUUUUUCUCCCAAAACUAUCCUCUCCUAAACCCUUGUGAAAGAAGCAGCAAUGAGACUGUCCGUGGUCGGCGGCGAGAGUAUGGGUGUUCUGGGCAUCCUGAUAAUUUAGGGUGUAUAGAUUUUGAAAGAAAAAAAGCCAAAUAACAAUUAGGCGGGUUCAGGGGGAGGAUUUUGCUGUGCUGCCGAUUUGAGUGAGACCAAUGUGGAGGCGAACUAUUUCCGAGAGUGCCGAUUCUGAUCAGUCCAUUUCAGAUGAAGAAGAUUUCAAUGUUAGCCAUCGUUUUCAUUCUUCAGCAAAUUCAGAUAAAAAGGUUACUUCCCCCCCCAAAGAAGGUUUACUACUUCAAUCACGGCUGGAGAUCCUGAAAGCCAAAGAAGAGCAGAGGUGGGCGGAAAACAGCAAUUUUUUAAACAAGAGCCAUGUCUUGGUGCAAGAUGAGGUAGAACCACCAGAUUUCCCUGAUGAUAACAUAUCUACGAGGGCAGAGUACAUUCAGAGCGUCCAUAAAGAUAAGAAAUAUACAGCUGCCUCUGCUGCUGGGCAGUUAUGUCAAGAAGCUAAUGUCCAUAGUUUAGCUGGGGCAGUUAGACAUGGAGGGUUGUCCAUGAAGAAAUGUAUUCUAUCAAGAGAUAAGGCUGCCUUUGCUGCUGGCCAGUCACGGCAGGAAGCUAAUGUCCCUUGUUUAGCUGGGGCAGUGAAACACGAGGGGUGGUCCAUGGCCAGUAAAGAAGCCAAUGCACUGAUCCAUCUGAAUAAAGCCUCUUGUUCCAGCCUCAGACAAACCAGCAAAUCGUCUAAAGGGUUUAAACGCAGAACCAAGCCGAGGUUUUCUUUCCGGUUUCAGCCAUCUAUUUCUAGGUUUCAUGGAACUUCUGAUCCACCAGAGGCAAUUCAGCACAUAAAUGCUGAGAAUUCCAUGCAGUGGGUUGUUUGUGAUUCUGAAGAAGAAAAUGAAAGUUGGCGAGAGAUUUCACAUACUAAAGUAGAACCAGUUGGCAAUCGUGUUAUGGAGCAUUCACUGGCUGAACUUCUUGAUGGCAUUCAGAAUAAGAAAAUUUUGUCAAAGCGAAAUUCUUGCAUGGAUGUGCACAAAAAAAGAAAAAGGUUACAGCUGGCUGUGAAGAGAAGUGUAUCCUCUUCGAGAGAUAGAAUAGACAGCAAUCAUGAAUCUGAUCAACUGUCUCUUGGAUCUUCAAGUGACGAGGAGGUGGCUCAUCGAGAUAGAGAACUGUUUAACCCUGUGAAGAAGGAAACUAUUAUGGAUCGAUUUGAAGAGGCUUUAGCUACUGCCACUUUCAGUAAUGAAGGGUCUCUAUUCCUUGGAUCAAAGCAGUCAAGUUAUUGCUUGUUUGGGAAGUUGCAGCUGCUCAUACAGAGUGAAAAGGGAAGAGAUGCCAGCUUUAUGAAGAAGCUACAGAUGGGAUCUAUACCAAAUGAUGUAUCCCAUUCCAUGACAGUGAAAAUCCUCUCAAGAUACAUGGAGGCGAAGUUGACAAUCUGUGUUUGCUCAUUUGCAAAGGACAUGAAGGAUGAAGGCGAAGUCAUUAUAUUGAGUUGCAUAUAAAUAAGACAGAACCUAAAAGUGCUUUGGUUACAGGAUGCCUCACAGCCAGGUAACUCCAUAGCAUAUGCAGGUGGAGGAAUGAAGAAGACAGUGGUUUUCAAUUCAAGAGUUUGUGGCCACGUUGACCUUGAAGUUGGCAACUGGAUUCGCAUUCACUCCCCAUGGAAGGAGAUUCAAGUUAUGGGCGCUGAUGAAAGCAUCAUUCUAUCCUCGUAUUUCCACCAGGAUUUUGGCUUGAUCAGUUCGUGAUUUUCUUGAAGGUGGACAAAUUUUCCAGUUAUGCCUUGUUUCAUUCAAAUUUACUGGUGAUAGGUCCGCCCCUGUGUCAUCUAAUUUCGAUUACACUUGAACCAAAAGGAUUAGUGAGUUUUAGAUUGUGGAUAUUGCUGCCAGUUCGUAAAUGUAAAGGUGGUGCUGACGGAUUCGAAAGGGUUAGUGAGUUUGAAGGGUCUGUAUACCCGUAAUACAUAAUGCAUGUUAGAUUGUUUAUGGUGAAAUUCAAAAGGUUACUGCAUUUCAGGGUUUGCAUGUGGUCCGCAACUAAUCCAAUUUUAUAGAGUUUUAU